AGCGGAGCGGGGCGGGGGAAGCCGCCGCUGUCGCCGGUGUCUGAGGGGAGCGGGGUCCCCGUUGUCCCCCCCGCCGGGGCCAGCGCCUUCCCGCCCAGCCCGCUGUUCCCUCGGGGCUGGGGACCGUCGCCCUCGACGCCCCGACUGUGUCCCCUCGGGUUCCUGCCUGCCCGGGGGGUUCGGAGGCCGUAGGCCCCUGGCUCGGCGCCUUCACCGGGCUCCCCGGGCCGGUCCUCGGUCCCGCCGUCGGUUCCCGGGGUCGGGCAGGGCGUCGGGACCGGGGUCGUCCCCCGUUGCAGGCAGGCAGCAGGCAGCGCACAGGCAGCCGCUGCGGCGCGGAGCCCCGAGGCCUGGCAGAGGCCCAGCCUCUCCGUCCCCUGUCAGGCUCGGGAUGGACUUUCUGACACUCUUCUUGAUUUACUUGUGUUUUGUUCUCACUGCUAUUGCUCUACUCUGCAUCUGCGCGGGAAGGAAGGAGAGUUGCCUCGCAAGAAGCGUCAAUGGUGCAAGCCAGGUAUUGUCAUUUGUAAUCCCCACACAGUUCCAGAGAGUGACACAGAAGGCACUUCACAGGCUCUUCCACACAAGAAGCUGUUUGUUUGUUGUCCUGCACAUAGCCUUGCAAGCUGCAGUGUAUGGGGAAUACACAUGGGAAGUGUUUGUUUACUGCUGGGAGCUGCAGUUCCACCUCCUCCUCCUGCUGCUGCCCUACGUGCUGCUGGCUGGGAACAUGGGCUGUUUCAUUCUCUGCUCCCAGGCCAAUCCGGGUAUAAUAACAAAAUCAAAUCAUGCAUCAUUGGUUAAGAUUUAUGCAUAUGAUGGUGUAUUAUUUCAGAAAGGCAUUGUGUGUCCUACGUGCAACAUGGAGAAGCCAGCCAGAUCAAAACAUUGCAGUUUCUGCAGUAUAUGUGUACAUCGUUUUGAUCACCACUGUGUGUGGGUCAACAACUGCAUUGGUGCCUUCAAUGCAAAGUAUUUCUUCCUUUACCUCUUCACACUGACUGCCAUGGCUGCAACCGUUGCAAUCAUCACCGCAGCAUUUCUCAUCCAAGUGGUGCUGCUGUCAAAUAUGAUGCAUGGGAGUUACAUUGAUGACCAAGGACAAGAGCGUGCUGUUGAGAUUCUCUUCCUCAUUCAGCACCUUUUCUUGACUUUUCCUAGGAUUGUCUUCAUGCUUGGUUUUGUCAUUCUUCUCACACUUGUACUGGGUGCAUACUGCUGUUUCAAUCUAUAUUUGGCCUUAACCAACCAAACUUCCAAUGAAUGGUAUAAAUCCAGAAGACAUGGGUGUUCCCACCAUCUAGCAUUGCAGCCUCAUGACAGACGAGUUGUCUACAAAAACAUUUAUUCUAAAGGAGUCUGGACGAAUUUAAAGGAAAUCUUUAAGCCUCCUACAGUGUUGGAAAGAAAGAAGAAAACGUGAAGAUACUAUUCUAUGUCCAUUUUUAAACUUUUUGUAAGACUUUAUUUCAGCAGUGUGCUUUGAAGCCCCAGACAACUUCUGUGCACAGAUUACUGUAUGUCAAUUAAGUAAUUGGAAACUGUUUUCACAAAGCCGACCAGCCUUCAAAAAAACUAGAGUUCUUCUAAGUUUGUCUGUAACGCUACUCGUACCAGUUGUGACAGUGGCCUGUUAGUCUUUUCAGACACAAUGACAGUACAGAAGCAAGCUGGACUAGAGUUAGGUUCACUUAAGGAACACAUACACAAGGAACUUUUUUUAUGGUUACUGUUUUGUAUGCUGCAUAAUAUAUACCACUGUAUAUUAGGCAAACUGAGUUCCUAAGUUACUUUGGUAUGUCUUACGUAGCUCUUCCUGCAGGAGACUUUACAGGAAUCUAGCAAUGUCACACUUGUGGAAGUGGCAGUUAUUUGUCAAUUAUUCACAUUUUUUUUCCCCUCAAGGAAAAUACUAACUCAGAGCUGACUGCAGUAUUCUGAUUAACGAUGCCUCAGCAGAGCACUAUUUAAGAGACUUCACUUGGUGAGAUCUCUGAGUUUAAGCUCAGUCUUCUGUUUCCUAGUUAGAGGGACCAGUAGUGAAUUUGCUGGUAUGGAGAGGGAAGUUUGGUCCAUCUUACUGAAGUGAAUCUUUUUCUCUGUGUGUGCACUUGCAAGGUAAGAGCUAACAAAGAGCUGCUAUGAACUUUGAGGAAGCAUCAUCUUUUUUAUCUUUGUUUGGCAAAUUAUUAACCCAUUACCGUUAACAAUAAGUACAAUAGGUUGCAUGUAUUUAGCUGAAAAACCCCAUGAUUACUGGCAGAAUCUUAACCUGCAGAAACCAUGUUCUACUGCAAAUUCAUACUAGUAUGGAGCACCUUAAUUUCAGAAAGGAAACUACUACAAGUGCUACUUCUCCUUACCUGCUAAGUCUCUUUCUUGAUACCUCUUUUCAGCUUGUUCAAAUUAAGAUGCCAUUUCAGCCUUAGAGUCAUGAAAAUGGUGGACGUCUGGACAGAAUUUCAGCAUCCUGAAAAGGGUAUCAGAAAUUUGAUACUGAGCUUUGGACAUACAGGUCCUGGCAGAUUAGACUUAAUCCUUCUGGUGUUUCUCAUCUUUAUUGCAUUGUUUGAUAUACCUGUUCACAGCAAGAGGUUCAACCACGUCUUAGGUGUUUCUUAGUAUUUUGGGCAUUUUGCAGCAGGGGAAGUUACAGUUGCUGAAGCUGUUUCUAGGGCUGCCCACCCGCAAUCACUGAACAGGCCACUUCAAAAGCACGGCAGUGACAUGGUCUUCCACCUCUGUACAGAGAUUCUCUAGGUGAACGCUGAAAGGCAAUUCAUCGGUGUCCCUCAAGAAAACCCUCUGCCUUAACAGCAGAGGACAAAAGUAGACCUGCAGCUAUGCAAGCGGCCUUCUGAAAUCCUUCCAACUUAGGAUCACUUGAAAGAUCUCCAAAGCAUAGCUGUACUGGCUGCUUUUAGAGGCUUGUGCUCGCUUUGGGAAAAACAGCAUGUUUGACUCACCCAGCGGUGAGGGUUUCUUUAAGCACUAUGUUAAGUGGCCCUGUUCUCUUCUCAGAAAUUCUUCUGAGUGAUAAUAGAGCAGAAAUUGGAAAAAUAUAGUAAGAACUUUAAAUAACUUUAUUUUUAAAAAUGUAUUUAUUUACAUGCCGAAUCUGUACAAUAUGCAAUUAAAAAUCCGUAUAUGGUUUAAAAAAAAAAAAAAAUCAUAUACAGUAUGGCUUUACAUACCAACAGACUAGCUCUCAGAGAAGCCUGUCUGGCAUUGCAAGGGUACAAUGAUGCAUUCUUUCAUAGACCAGUAUAUAAGGCUAUUUGUCCAGGAUAUAAAAUAAAAUAAAAGAAAAAUACUGCAGUACCAUGCCUUAGGAGGACUAAAGUAGUGAGGUUAAAGGCAUGAAAGUUUUUGAGCGGUGGUGAAUGCACACCAGAACUCCUUAGGUUUGGUUUUCUUGGUUUGUUUUAAAUGCAUACUAUUAAGUAGUCUCUUAAAAGAGACCCUAUGUAUUUGCUUCACUUUCUGAAUCCUUUUAAAUACCAGAACACUACUGUCCUGUGGUCAGAGGUAAAUGCUUUGCAAAGGAUCUUCCUUUAUUUGAGGCAGCUGUACAAAACGCCAAGACUGUCAAAUACGGCCUAUCAGUCACUUCCACAGUAUAACCAUGCAGAGGUUUUAAACUACUGUUAUUUCCAUUUUAAACAGAAAACAUCGUGGGGCUGUACCAUCCUGUUAAGCCACUUACCUAUAGAAGCAUUCUCUCCCUUGCUCUCUGAACAAUUAUAAUGGCAAACUUAGGACUGAUCAAAUUCCCCAAAUAGGAGAAAAAUAGUAAGUUUUACAUUUAACAUCUGUCACUAGCUGCAUGCUGUUCAUUACACAAUCACAGUCUGGACUUCCACCUCCCCCUCCUCGGAGGCGAUCACAAACUCUCCUGCAUGUUCCAUUAUUUCAAUAUCCUCAGAUGCCACCAUCGUCACCGUUGCUUCUUCGGUCUCGAUGCUACCCUCCGUAGUCAGCACUGCUCCUUCUCCGAUGGCGGAAGCCAGCGUCAUAGCGACCUGCUCCGUGAGGCUUUCGGGGGUCGCAAUGGUGAUGGUGUCCGCAGCAUCUGUGGUUACUUCAGAGUUUUCUGCCACGGUGACGUUCUGUACAAUGAUCUGGUGACCAGAGUUUGCUUGAUUUACUAUUUGUUGCACAACCUUCAUAAUGUGGCUGUCAACCUACAUGAAGAGAACAGAGGCCACGUUAUUUCUUGGUGUAUUGUACUCUGUUAGAAGUACAGACAGUUAUCAUCACCAUAAACAGUGCUCGAUGACCAGCAGGGCAGUAUAACAACCAGCAUUUAAUUCCAAUUUCCUCCAGCUGUUCACUGAAGUUCUCAUCGCCCCGAGAACAGCAGACUCUUAGAACACGUCACACCUCAUGUCGCUGAAGAUAUUUUCGCCAGCGGGGUGCUUCCUACAGAAAGUCAAACUACUUUUUAUAGAAAAAUCUUAACGAUGCAUGCCCAGACAUUUAAACUGACCGAAUGCAAUUCAGGAGCGUAGCCAGCCUCUGACUUCGCAGCAACCGUUUUUUCUGGCAUUCAAGAAUGCCUUAAGAGGAUCAUUUCCCCAAGGCUGAAGUGUAACUGUACAAUUCUACUCAGCUGGCAACUGUGCUCUCAUGUAUGAAGCCACACCAAGUCACUAGCCGCCAUCACUGAGAGGAUCUGGGGUUAACAGAGCUCGGUCAACACAGUAUGACCAGUACUAUGUUCUUAUACAGACAGGUCUGCAGAUCUACAGAGGUAGGUAAAUUAAUUAUUUGAAGUUGAGUUUAUUUAGCAUGACUUUCAGACACUAAAAGUGAUUCAUUUCAUCUACAGCAAGUCCUCAAAAUAAUAGUUUAUGCAUCUGCUUUACCUCAUGUCUUGUUCCCUCAAUUAUUUCAGUAGCUUCGCUGGUCUCGAUGUCUUCCGUAGCAGUCUUGAAAGACAAAAUAUGAUGAUUCCCUUUUUAGAUUAUUACAAAAAAAUCUUUUAUUACCAAGAUACGAGGCACUAAGAUCACUUACAAAAAUCUUUCUGUUCCCCCCAUGAUGCAGUAGCUACUCUAAAGACAACUCCUCCCUGAAAUUCCCUCCAAAUCCCAUUAUCAAGAGCUACUUAAAAGUAAUGCAAAGUGCUCACAAAUAACUGAAAGAGAACAUCCUCUCUCAGCAGGACUCGGCCAACUGGCAGAUUUUUCUCCUAUUGGAGAAAAACUAUGGCAGCACUAAAUGGACUCAAUAAAUGAACUGUGUUAUUCUGCA